AUGUGCAUGAACAGCUUAUUUUACUGCGCAUCACUGAAAUUCUUACCGUAUCGCCGUAAAUGUUUGUAUGUCGUACCUUAUUUCAACGAUAAAUAUUUGAUCGUGAAUGAUUGCGCUCACAUGCAUCCAGCUGGACAAAUUAUUCGGACGAUGUUCCUCUUCGCUAUGACCAUCGGUCAUGCGCUAUUAGCUGCACUAAUUUUGAUGGAAUUUCGAGUGUCUAGUAUCGACCUGCGAUUUCUGCGAAAUCGAACAGAAUCAGUCACUAAACAUACUACCGCUAUAUCUGCUCCCACCACUACCCUACCAGAAACCAACUGUACUGAGGGGGUAUGGUCAGAAUGGCAAGAGGUGUUGAGCUGCAAUGCCGAUUGCGGUUCAUGUGGCUCCCGCGUAUUUCGUCGGAAAUGUACAACAGACGGAUGUGUUUGCAGAGGUGACCUAAGGAAAGAAGAACGUUGCAACAUUCAGGUGUGUGAAUAUCCGAAACCAGCUUGCUGUCCACCGUUCAAACUGAUGGUGAUUAAAGGAGAAUUCGCAUGCGGUCCGCAAGACGAGAACAGCCUUGCUGCAUUUGAAACCCAUCUGAAGGGAAAGCCUCAUGAAAUGACCCUAACUCCUAGCCUUCAUAUCUCAGGAGCCAAUAAGAAGGGCUCGAAAUCAGAUCCUGGAUGA